AUACGAUGGGAUUUUCAAGUCACGUGACCUGUAAAAAGUGAGCUUCCUGUUGAGCACUUCCAGUGGACUGUUAAAGAAAAAGAAACUGGAAAUGUGAAACUUUCUGAUUGGAUAUGACAGGUCGCAUUUUACAAGACCGUGGACGGAUUGCUAAAACACGAUGACCAGUUCAUCACUUGACCAGUAUGAUGAGGUAGAGCGGGCAUCCAGAGAGAGGAAUGAGAUUGUGGCCAAGUAUGACAAGGGUCGAGAAGAAGGGGCACAGAUUGACCCCUGGGAGGACCCAACCUUGGAGGUUUACCAUGUCACUGAUAGAUACGGAUUCAUCCAUAACUACCAACUCCCUCAGAAACAGAGUGCAGCUGAGGCAAAGGCCAUUGAAGUGGAGAUUGAAAGGUCACAGAAAUGGCUGAAAAUGCUAAAAAAUUGGGACAAAUACUCAUCAGGAGAAAAGAUGACCCGGCGUAUCUACAAAGGUAUCCCCAAUCGGGUUCGAGGCGAGGUGUGGAUCCGACUGCUUGGGGUCAACAAAAUGAAAGCUGAACAAAGGGGCAUCUACAAAGAUAUGAAGUUAAGGGCAAGGACCAAAUCUCCACACAUACGACAGAUUGAUUUAGAUGUAAACCGUACCUACCGUAACCACAUAGAUUUCCGGUCACGAUACGGUGUGCAACAACAGGCACUGUUUCAUGUGUUGGCGGCAUACUCCAUGUACAACACUGAGGUUGGGUACUGCCAGGGGAUGAGUGAGAUAGCAGCGCUCCUCCUUAUGUACAUGGGGGAAGAGGAUGCUUUCUGGGCCCUCUCCAACCUCUUUUCCUCAAAGAAACAUGGAAUGCAUGGAUUUUUCAUCCCUGGAUUUCCAAAGCUACUGAGAUUUCAAGAACACCAUGACAAUAUUCUUAAAAGAUUUACUCCAAAGCUUCGGAGAUUUUUUGAUAAAAAUGACAUUUACACAACAUUGUACACCAUCAAAUGGUUUCUCCAGUGCUUUUUAGAUCGGGUGCCCUACACACUUAAUCUUCGUCUGUGGGAUAUCCUUAUGCUGGAGGGUGAAGUUCUACUCACUGGCAUGGCUUACACAAUAAUCAAGUUACAUCGACGAAAACUUUUGAAGAUGAAUGUGGAUGACAUACUUCAAUUCUUCCAAUCGGGGUUAGAGAAAGACUUUGGGUAUGAUGAUGAUUCUGUGAUAGACCAAUUACAGGUGGUAAUUGAGGAACUUAGGAAAGCUAAGAUGGAAGUACCGCUCAAAGCCAAGGCUAAUGAGCUUCCUUCGUUACCAUUUGGACUGGAAAUUGAGCCAAGUAUUGAACAGAUUAUUAAGAGUAGAAACCCUGAAUCUGUUGAUGAACAUUUUAAACGCAAUCCGCACAAGGGAAAAUCUGGAUUCAAGAAAAGGCGGGGAUUGACUAGUUCAGAAACUCCAGAAAUGUCUCGUAGUACAGACAGUGCGUCUAUGAAGUCUAGUAGACUUUCAGACUAUUCUGUGGAUGAUCGAUCAUCAUACUAUGAUACAGCAGCCAAUUCAAGGCUUUCUCUGGCAGAUUUUAGUUCCAAAGUUUCCAUGCAAAGCUCUAGAACUUCAUUUGCUGAUGGCUCGGAGGCCGGCAGUAUCGGUAUGAUGAGGUUCACUCCCGUCAUGAACGAUGCACAUGGAGAGGGUGAACCUAUAAUGCUCAUGGAACAGGAACAACCAUCGCGGGACACGACAAUUGAGAAUCUUGCCGGGGAAUUGAAGACGCCUUCAGAGCACUCUGAAUAUGACAACCUGAACAUGAAUGGGCUGGAGGAUGACAAUCACGCAUCGUCUCACAUUGUAAAUAUCCCCAUUAGUAAAUCGGACGGCUACAUCAUGAAAAAGUCUGAGCCAGUCCAGCGAAGUGACUGGGUAGAUCAUGCUGAGGACCGUGUGGUGACGGAGGCAGUCACAUUGUCACGUAGUGACACCCUGCGUCUGUCACAGGCUAAGAUACAACGUAUGAAAAACUCUCUGAGUGCCGACGAUGAAGGGCUACAUGAGAGUAGACAUGUGUCUAAGGUACUCAUACAAAGCUCAAGUCAUCAUAAUGGUUACCUCGCCACGGAGAAUGGACAUUCACCACAGAGAGUUGCGGUUCACAUGUCAGCUGUUUCUACGCCUAGUCUACCGAUCUCUCGCCAGCAGCAUGUAAUCUAGUGUCCCGUAUAGUUUUAGUAGUCCACACAGAACCCCUCAUCAUGACAGGUCUACGCAAAUACAUUUAUGUUUGUAAAAUAUUACCAUCAUAGCCAACUUCAUUGGUUUGUAAAAUUUUAAUGCACAAGAAAAGAAUCUUAAUAUUCAUAUCAAUGGACUCUUCCUAUUUUUAUAUGAUUUGCACACAUGCACUAAAGUAUUAAUCAGAAAAAUUCACAGAGACCAAAUACAAAAGGAAAAACAAAAGUCAUAUGAUUAAUUAAAUAGAAUACCUGUAAAAACAAGCACUGUUUAUACCCUGUAUAAUUGUUCAGUAACGGGAAUGAAUUGUGAGAGAUCCUCUUUCUACAGGACACAAUGUUUCAUUGUUAAAAAGGGUCUCUCCACAUAUACAAUAGUGUUACUGGUUAUCUAAUGCAAACUGUCGGUUGUUGAGGGGCUCUGACAUCGCUUUGUUGUGAGGUACAAAACACUGAUAUAGAUAUAUAUAUUGGGGACCCGGGUAUGUUCUCUACCUCUCCCGUCUGUGUUAAAGCUCUCGUUAUUAUGUACAGUACCGAUAGUUUCUUUUUGCUUUUUUUCGUAUGUAUUUUGUCAUUAAGAACAUAUGAUGAUUUAAUAUGUUCCUGUUUAUGGAUAAAACAAAACCCUAUAUGCAAAGUAGAACUAAGAAACAUUUUGUAUAUUUAUAGCAAAGUUCAAAUGACACUUAUUUAUGUACUUGUAUAUAGGUAAAACCUCUGUCGUGUGUUCCAAUAGUCUAUGGAUGAUAUAUUGCCAGUGGAAAUAAUCAUACAACCAGUUUGAAAAGUUAUCCUUUUAUAAAAGUUUUACUAAUUUUGAAUUAUAUUAUUGAGCACACGAAAGAACUAUUUCCUCCUUGUCUGUACAUGGAUAUGCUGUUCUGUUCCCAGGCGUUGGAAGCAGCCUCUGUGACCUGACAGUCAGAUACAAUAAUAAGGAUUAUCCAGAUCUAACAAUGACUUUAAAGCCAGUUUCUGUUUAGUUGUAGCUGUUAAGUAGGGGUUCCUUUAUUCUACAUUUUUAUUUGUUUUUAACAAUUGGUCUUGAUAUUGCUAUGAUAUUUACAACAUGAUAAAACAAUAAGUUUAGCACUGGACUAUAAGGGGGAACAAGAAAAACAAAAUUGAUAAAAGGCGACCAGCAUGUAUACUAGUAUGUAUAUAUAACAAUAUUUCUCUGAAAGGCUGUUGAUAUUUUUUUCUAUUCUGACGGCCUCGAGGGGGAAUACUCAUAGUUUAUGUCUUUCAGGACUAAUUAUUACCUAGAGAGAGCUGGCUGUCAGGAAGCUUCAUUUUGAAGCAGAAAUCAUCACUUUAAGACCACAGCAAAGCACAGCAAAGUCUCAAGUGACCUAUUGCGAUCGCCUUUUGUCCGUCGUCGUCCGUCGUGCGUCCGUAAACAAUUUACA